AUGCCUGAAUUUUAUAAAUCGAUAGGAAACUCUACAGAUGAAAAAGAAAUGAACGGAUUCUCUGCGAUCGAGAUAAUCCAACUGGUUCUGUAUGUUGCAAUUACAAUCGUUGGCCUUGUAGGAAAUAGUAUGAUUAUAAUAACAUUGCUUGGUCGCCAAACGCGAAGAAUCGGAGAAUACAUGAUUCUCAAUUUGGCCAUUACAGAUUUGGCUACUUGUGUCAUUAGCAUUCCCUUGGAUCUUGCUGAGCGUCUCUCCGGCGGUUUUCCAUUUGGAUCGAUACUGUGUUACCUCAUUUAUCCAUUUCAAACCGUUUUAAUGGCUGUCUCCGUCAUUACGCUCUUAUCUAUGAGCUUAGAACGUCACCGUGUAGUUAUGACACCUCUUCGUCCGCGCGUUCUUCCACGAACGGCCAAGAUGACCAUAUGUAUUUCAUGGAUCGUUCCUUGCCUGGUACUUAUACCUUAUGCACUCGUUUUGCGCUUUGAAGGCAGGCAGUGCAUGGAAAGAUGGCCUGAGGACUGGUACGUCAAAGUCUUCACUCUAACAAACUUUGCCCUGUUUUAUGUGAUACCCCUCACAGUCAUCGCUUUCUCGUAUAUCCGCGCUGGGUUGAAAAUUCGAAAAGAACUUAACAGACUUGAUUACAUGAUGGCAGAUAGUCAUAGAUCUCAAGUUCAGUACACGAAAAAACGCACACUGCAAAAAAUGCGGAUAACAAAAGUAUUCAUAGUGGCUGUUACCGCUUUUCUAGUAUGCAUGCUGCCGACCCACGCGGCGUGGAUUUGGCACGAUUUUGGCCAAGGAUGGGAAAGUAAAUACUUUCAAGAUGUAUUGAUUUUCGGCAACAUCCUAAUGUACGCAAAUAGUGCUUCGAAUCCCUUCAUUUUUGGUUCCUUAAAGAACAUUAAAUCAUCUAAAUGUUUUGCAUGCUGUCGUAAAUCCUCGGAUGCAGACGCGCGAGGUGGCUGUUUUUACGAACUCCGUGUUGGGUCAUCACGUCUGUAUGUUGGAAGAGAAAUGGCUUUGAAAGAAUAUAAUCAAGCUGAGGUGAAAUUGCUGACCAAGAAGAAUACACCAAAUAUAAAGACUGCACGAGUUUAA